UCAUCGCAUAAAAAUCCCGUUUCUCACUCUGAAUUCAGCUUAGGUGGGUUCCUUGAUUGCUUUCGAUCCCCUGCUUCAUUUCCCCCUCAAUUCUAUAGGGUUUGGCUUCCCUCGAUUCGCCCCCCUCCACCUCCUCCAAUGGCCGCCGCCACCGUUGCCGCCGCCGCCGUUCUUGAGCCGCUAGCGGUUCCCCUCCCUCGUCCCGUUCUUGGUGGAUCAUCAGCAUCACGGGCUGCGGGGCCGCCGGUUUCCGCGUCUCUUGGCCGCCGGAGAACGGGGCUGUUGCCGGAAUUUAGGGGUUUGAGGAUCGCUCGGCGCCCUCCUAGGGCUCCAUCCGCGGCCAGCUCGGGGACUGAGAAGGGUCUUCGUCGUGGAUCGGUUGUCUGUGAGGCGCAAGGGACCGCUAUAGAGGUUCCAGAAGUGACGAAAUCAACAUGGCAGUCGCUUGUCAUGGAGUGCGAUAUUCCAGUGCUAGUUGAGUUUUGGGCUCCAUGGUGUGGACCCUGCCGUAUGAUUCAUCCAAUUAUUGGCAAAUUGUCAAAGGUAUAUGAUGGAAAGCUUAAAUGCUUGAAUCUCAACACUGAUGAGAACCAGGAAAUUGCAACCAAGUAUGGGAUUAGAAGCAUUCCAACUAUCAUGAUUUUUAAGAAUGGGGAGAAGAAAGAGACCAUUGUUGGAGCUGUGCCAGAGAGUACUCUAAUCACAUGCAUUGAGAAAUUCAUAGAAAAGUAAGUGGCUCUUUUGUUUUCUCCUUCAGAAGCCAGUCUAUUUCAACAUGUCACAGAAGACUUGUGAUGAAGUUUAUAUCCUCUCUGCUGGCAAUCAUUGCUCUAUAGCCUUGUGCAUAGUUAUGGAGGUUACAAAGUGCUGUUGCUUUCUUGCCACGUUAUAACUUCAAUUCACUUUGGAGAAAGUCUAAGAGUUGACAAGAUGCAGUUUUUCAUUCGAAAUUAAAUCAAGAACCAAGAUUCUCUGCUGGUAAUUUCCCUGUUUUUAUUUGAAAUAUAUAUAUAAUCUGAGGCAUUGAGACUAUUUCUGGCACCCCUUGUUCUGCUGACUAUUAUAUGAUAUGAAUAAUGAAAAGCUCAGCUAAUGCCACUUAAUAAAUUAUC